AUGACGCCUCCACCCGCAGGCACCGGCGCAGCGCAACAGCCGUUCGACCCACGCAGCCUCUACUCGUCAUCCUCGCCAUCUAGCACCAACACCAAGCCAGCCGCAACCGCCACUGCCACCAAUACUCCAUCCUCGUCUUCCUCUACUACCGCUGCUGCAUCCGCAUCUGCAUCCAAUGGCGCUUCAAUUGCAAUUAAGCGCGAACCCAGCACCGCAGACGAUGCGGACAGCUCUCCCGGCGCUGCUACAGGCUCGGCGAAAAAGAAACCAUCCAAACGCAGAAAGGUCAACCUGGCAUGCAUAUACUGUCGACGUUCGCACAUGACGUGCGAUGAAGGAAGGCCUUGCCAGAGGUGCAUCAAGCGCGAUAUUGGGCAUUUGUGUCACGAUGAGGCUACGCCUGCCAAGGCGAGUCACGACGGUCAGAAGGAGGAGGCGAGCAGCAGCGCUUCGGCGGGCACGCCAUCCAAGCCGACCAAGGCCCAGGCGGCGACAUCGGCACUCAAGGUGAAGGCGACUACUAGUGCAUCGCCGACCGAUGCGCCUUCUUCUUCGUCCGCGGCAGUCGCUGCUCAGCAGCCGACUUCGAUUUCAGCAGAAACAGCGGACACUUCUUCAAUAACAACGACUGAGAAUUUCUUCCCGACAUUAGGACUUGCGGGCACGGCGGCCAAUGCAAACAACACCACCGUGUUCGGCAGCUCCUCUUCCGGUCCAUAUUCGUCAGUCUCGCCCAUGUCGUCGCUCAACCAGGCCAAUGCCGGCAACGCCAAUGCCGCCGAGUUCAACACCGCCAGCAUGUUCAAACCUCAAGCAGGCGGCACGAGCAUGCAGCCAUCCGCUUCUUCCUCCAGCAACGGAGGUGCUGGUGGCGCCAUGACGGCUGCAGGUAUGCUUUCUCUCGCGGCUCUCUUCAACGGCAACGUCAAUGACCCUAACAAUGCCGGCAUUGCAACCAAUGCCACCAAUAGCGGCGCGCUGGGUCUGAAUCAACAGCAGGGAGGCACUGGUGGCGGCGAGAUGGCUGGGCUCGGUGGCGCAGGUUGGCUGGGGCUCGGCGGUGGGCCCGGAGGAUACGAAGGUGGGGGCAGCGGAUUCGGUGGUGACUCGGCGGGCGGUAACGAAUUCACGCUGCUGAGCGAGUUCCUCGAGAGCCUGGACGGGCCAGGGUUUGGAGCCGGUGCCACGCCUGGUAUGACCGGCACCUCUGCACUGGCGGGCACCGGCUCAGGCUCUGGAUUCACGCCAUCGCAGAGUCGGCGGAAUACCAUCUCCGGCUUGACUUCCAUGAAUAGCGGUGGUGGUGCCGGAGCGCUCGAAGGGUUGACCGCUUUGACUCCGAUCCAAAACAACAAUGCGGCAGGAGAGGGGAGUCGAGCGAGCGUGCCCGCUUUUUUGGCGACAGGUGCCGGUUCGAUCUACAGUUCGGGUCCGGCGACCGCUGCUGGCGGAGCCAACAGUUUUGCGACUGGGUUGGGGAAUGGUGGCAACAGCGGUAACGGUAACAGCGGUGUGGAGAAUGGGACGGGGAAGAGGUCGCGGCGGUCGUCGUUUUCCGCUACACUCACUGGCGGUGGCGGUGGCGGUGGUGGCGGUAGCGGUAGCGGUGUAGGGUCUGGUGCCGGUGCAACUGCAUCUUCGUCCGGUGCCGCGUCCGGAUCGUACCUGCCCUCGUUGCAGGGCGGAUCUAGCAAGACGGAGCGGUUCUUCCUCACCGCUGCCGACCAGAAGGACGGAACACGAGACGAGCGGCUCGCACGUGUCAUCCAGGCCAAAUACGAAGCGGGUCUGCUCCGCCCCUACAACCACGUCAACGGCUAUGCGCGGCUGAACCGGUGGAUGGAGCGCAACGUCUCGGCGGCAAGCAAGCGACGCAUCCUCAAGCCGCUGUCGGUCUUCCGCCCUGCGUUCCGAGCGGUGGCGCAGUCGCUGACCAACAUCGACCUCGUCUUUAUCGAGGAGGCCUUCGAACGGUUGCUGCUCGACUACGACCGCGUGUUCAGCACGCAGGGCAUUCCCGCGUGCCUGUGGCGCCGGACGGGGGAGAUCUACAAGGGCAACAAGGAGUUUGCCGAGCUGGUCGGCGUGCCCAUCGAGAGUUUGCGCGAAGGCAGGCUGUGCAUCUACGAGCUGAUGGCCGAGGAGAGCGCGGUCAACUACUGGGAGAAGUACGGCGCGGUGAGUUUCGAUCCGGGCCAGAAGGCCGUGUUGACGAGCUGCGUAUUGAGGACGAAGAACAAGGCGAUUGUGGCGACGGGGGGCAAGGGUGGGGAAGUGGCCGGGCGGAAGAGUGGCGCGGCGAGCGGGCAGGCGACGCCGAAGGACGAGGAGGGCAAGGACGCGGCUGGUGCGACUGCGGGGGUGGUGGCCGCAGGUACGGGCGCGACGAGCACCAGCGGGGUACUGAGGGAUCCUAAUAACCCCAAGGCGGCGUUCAUCCAUUGCUGCUUUUCGUUUACUAUCCGGCGCGAUCAGUGGAACAUCCCGCACAUGAUCGUGGGCAAUUUCUUGCCGACGAAUCCGCCGUAG